GGGAGGAAGCGUCAGAGCCGCGGCUAGUCCUGCGCGGAGCCGGUGUCCCCUCCGGCCCGCGCCCAGGGACGCCGCCGGCCUCCGCUCCGUGCCCCAGGCCCCACGCGCGCAGCAAGCCGGGUGUGAGAGUUGCCCCCGCGGCAUGGCAGCCUCAGGGGUGUUCCGAAGGUGUGACAUCCUCCUCUUCUAUAGCUCGGAUGCUGAGGAAUGGUGCCAGUAUCUCCAGGACCUUUUCCUGGCCAGUCGGCAGGUCCGCACCCAGAAGACGCUGACUUACAGGUUGGGCCCUGAGACCUCCUUCUCGGCAGAAGACUUGACCUUCUUUCUCAGCCCACGCUGCAUCGUGGUGCUGCUGUCUGCAGAGCUGGUGCAGUGCUUCAGCCAGCCGGCCCUGCUGCCCCUGCUGCAGAGAGCCUUCCACCCUCCACACCGCAUGGUCCGGCUGUUCUGCGGGGUGCGGGACAGCAAGGAGUUCCUGGACUUCUUUCCAGAUUGGGCUCACUGGCAGGAGUUCACGUGCGAUGACGAGCCUGAGACUUAUGUGGCAGUUGUGAAGAAGGCCAUUUCUGAAGAUUCUGGCUGUGACUCGGUCACCGACACUGAGACUGAGGACGAGAAGGUCCUGCCCUACUCGAAGCAGCAGAGCCUGCCACUGGAGACUUCACCUGGGAACCUGAUGGUGGUGCAGCCAGACCGCAUUCGCUGUGGGGUGGAAACCACGGUCUACGUCAUUGGAAGAUGUAAGCUGGACGAGAGAGUGAGGACGGAAGCAGAGUUUUUCCCAGAGGAUUCUCCCUCAGUAAGGGUGGAAGCCAGGCUGGAGAAUGAGUACACCGUGUCCGUGAAGGCGCCCAACCUUUCCUCUGGGAAUGUCUUUCUCAAAAUAUAUUCCGGGGAUUUAGUGGUGUGCGAAGCCACUGUAAGCUAUUACACCGACAUGGAAGAAAUCGGGAAUUUAUUGUCCAGUGCUGCGAACCCUGUGGAGUUCAUGUGUCAGGCCUUUAAAAUUGUGCCCUACAACACAGAAACCCUCGAUAAACUGCUGACUGAGUCCCUGAAGAACAACAUCCCUGCAAGUGGGCUGCACCUCUUCGGGAUCAACCAGUUGGAAGAGGAAGACAUGAUGACAAAUCAGAGGACUGAAGAGCUGCCCACCUUGUUGCAUUUUGCUGCAAAGUAUGGACUGAAGAACCUCACUGCCUUGCUGCUCACCUGCCCGGGAGCCCUACAAGCGUACAGUGUGGCCAACAAGCAUGGCCACUACCCCAACACCAUCGCCGAGAAGCAUGGCUUCAGGGACCUGCGGCAGUUCAUCGACGAGUAUGUGGAAACUGUGGACAUGCUGAAGAGCCACAUUAAAGAGGAACUGAUGCAAGGGGAGGAGGCUGACUCCGUGUAUGAGUCCAUGGCCCACCUUUCCACAGACCUGCUCAUGAAGUGCUCCCUCAACCCUGGCUGUGACGAUGACCUGUACGAGUCCAUGGCCGCCUUUGUCCCGGCUACCACCGAAGACCUCUAUGUCGAAAUGCUUCAGGCCAGCACAUCCAACCCAAUCGCUGUGCAGGGUUUCUCUCAGGCCACUAAGGACUCUAUGAUCCGCAAGUUUCUAGAAGGCAACAACGUGGAAAUUCCCCGUUUGGAGAGGGAGCUGUACCGUCAUGAUUCAGAAGAUGUUUAUCACACAGUGGAUGACGACGAGGCCUUUUCCAUGGACCUAGCCAACAGGCCCCCCGUCCCAGUGCCCAGGCCAGAGGCCAGUGCUUCUGGCGCUCACCAUCUGCCCGACAACGAACCAUACAUUUCUAAAGUUUUUGCAGAAAAAAGCCAAGAACGGCCUGGGAAUUUCUAUGUUUCCUCUGAGAGCAUCAAGAAAGAGCCUGCCGUCAGACCGUGGAGAGACAGGCCCCAGUCAAGUAUAUAUGACCCUUUCGCUGGGAUGAAGACGCCAGGCCAGCGGCAGCUUAUUACUCUCCAGGAGCAGGUGAAGCUGGGCAUUGUCAAUGUGGACGAAGCUGUGCUCCACUUCAAAGAGUGGCAGCUCAACCAGAAGAGGCGGUCUGAAUCUUUUCGCUUUCAGCAGGAAAAUCUUAAGCGACUAAGAGAUAGCAUCACCCGAAGACAGAGAGAGAAGCAAAAAUCAGGAAAGCAGACGGCCUUGGAGAUCACUGUGCCGAUCCGGCACUCACAGCACCUGCCGGGGAAAGUGGAGUUUGGAGUCUAUGAGAGUGGCCCCAGGAAAAGCGUCUUCCCCCCAAGGACGGAGCUAAGACGAGGAGACUGGAAGACAGACAGUACCUCCAGCACAGCAAGCAGCGCGAGUAACCGAUCCAGCACCCGGAGCCUCCUCAGUGUGAGCAGCGGGAUGGAGGGGGACAAUGAGGAUAAUGAAGUCCCUGAGGUUACCCGAAGUCGGAGUCCAGCCCCCCCACAAGUGGACGCAGCACCCCCGCCGCCCAUCGAGAGGCCCCCCAGGGUGCCUCCCCGAGCUGCCUCACAGAGGCCUCUGACCAGGGAGACCUUCCCUCCUCCUCCACCUGUUCCACGCAGGGGUCGUUGAUUCCACCUCCUGAACGCUGCCUACUUCAGGACUUAGAGACUAGCGAUUUUCAGCCUGGUAAUGAUGUCUUCGUGUGCGUUUGAUGGCAUGGAUGCUGGCAUUAAGACCUACUCUUAUUGCUGAUAUUGCUGUGGCCCUGCUGGUUUGGGCUUCCCUUGAAGAAGAGAUUAUUAAGGCACGAAGAAAUGAAAACCUGAGGACUUUAUUCACCAUCACCAAGCACAUUGAUCCCUAUCCUUGUUUGCCAAAAAGGCGAAGGCUUAAUGGAAAUAACUUACCUCUAAUUUAACACAUCAGAAGCCUGAAAGAUUGAUUAGAAAUGUACUUUACAGGAGAUUUUACUAAAAUGCACUUAUAUUAGGCCUUACUUAUUUGUUCGUCCAGACUAAUUUCUACAAGUGGUUAUGAUUUAGUACUUACAGUAUUCAAGUAAGAAGACACAUCCUAAUUUUUAAAUGAUUCUUCAACUUUUCUGUUGAAUGGGCCAACACUGUUCCUUCAUCUUAUAUUAACACCUGUGAGCAUGUAACACAAGUAUGUAAGUAGCAAAGUAUGAAGACUGGGAGACUGUGAACAGGAGAUUAGCGUUGCAGUCAGAUGCAGGUUGUUUAAAUGCCAGGACUGGUUGCAGACAACAAUCUGAGAAAGACUUUAAAAGGGGAUUAGUCCUAACUCCCCUUAUUAAGGAAGUCACAUCUGAAGUUCCAGGAAAGUCUGGGGCUGAGAGUAUUUGGUUGCUAAGAGGAAGAGGCGGGUUUAGAGUCUGGGCCUGCUGAUUCCACACUUUCUAGCUACAAGUAGCCAAGCUCUCCCCUUCAAGAAAUGCCCAGGUGUAGAAAUUCCGUCAGUGACUGACCAUUGGCCUUCUGGAAAUUUCCUUCUUCCAUUAUCUUUCAGAUAUAGAACUACAGUAUCAUGUUGGUGUUUUGGGUUUUUUUUUCCCCCAAUUUGGGCAUCAGUACUUUAGAAUGCUUUCAAUACAGUGAUGCUGCCAAAGAACAUUUAUAAAUGGUUGGAACCAGAAGCUUGGGAUGCCAGGGACCCUAUUUAUUGCUCUGCAGUCUUCAUUGAUUUUAGUUCUGGCUAUAAAAAGAGAGGAGAAUCCUUGACAUUUUCUCUGCUAAGGGCUCAGAAAAGGAAGAAAAAACCUAAAAUAAAAAUAUUUAUCUAUUUCCUUAUAUACCUGUUACUACCACUGAGCUUGGGAAAUGUGUUUGUGCA